UACUUGGCUGAUUCAAUUAUAUUUAGUUAUAUAUUGUUUAUUCUAGCUUAAUUGAACCAAUAUCAGUUAUAUAAUUUUAUUCAUGGGUUGCAAUAAGACCUGUUGGGCACCAAGUAGCUAGCUACUAAAAUGGCAGGUCUGGGACUACAUCAUGACAUCAGGCAAGGCAUGAAUAUUUACCAUUUUUUCUCUCUAGAUGAACAGGGAAAAGAGAUGGGAUUGGGAUAAGCAUAGCCAGUUCAUUCUGGACAUGAUUCAGAAUGGAGAUGAAAGUGAGAUUGAGGGAUUUGGUGGUACCAGCUCAGAUGAAGACGAUCCUGUCGAAGAUCCAGAUUACACUCCCUUGAAUCAGGAGUCAAGUGAGUCUGAAUGUGAGUCAGAAGAGGAAAUACCUCAACCAGAAGGGGAAGUGUCUCAACCAAGAGAAGUACCUCAACCAAGUACCUCAACCAAGAAACAUCUUACUGGCCAAGAAAAUAAGUUCUCUUGGAGAAAGAAACCUUUUGAAGCCCCUGACUGCACGUUCAAAGGAGAGAGUGUCACACCUCCAGACGAGCUUCCCACUCCCCUGCAGUACUUCAGGAGGUUCAUUACAGAAGAGAUGAUAGAGUCAUUGAUGGAGCAAACCAAUCUGUACAGUGUCCAAACCACUGACACGCUCAAGAAUGUGAACACCACAGUCAAGGAGCUGGAAAUCCUAAUUGGCAUGUACCUGCGCAUGGGUCUUUGCCAGCUUCCAGGAAACCGUACCUACUGGGAAAACAACACAAGGUGUGCCAUGGUAGCUGAUAACAUGUCACGCAACCGUUUUCAGACCCUCCUCGCAUCUCUCCACUUCGCUGACAAUACGGAUUCAUCAAACAGGCAAGAAGGGGACAAAUGCUGGAAGAUCCGUCCAUGGCUUGAUAUGUUCCGCAAACAAUGUCUUGAGAUCACCCCAGAAGAGUACAACUCUAUCGAUGAGCAAAUGGUGUCUUUCAGAGGAACGCGCAGCCCAAUAAGGCAGUAUGUCAAGAGCAAGCCCCACCCCUGGGGAUUCAAGAUCUGGGCCCGUUGCACUUCCACAGGAAUCCUCUGUGAUUUUCAGGUGUAUGAAGGUGGCACUGGGAAAAGAACCACAUUUGGCAUGGGAGGAGACGUGGUGCUCAAGCUGUGUGAAACUCUUCCACCAGGCCAGAACUACAAAGUGUUCGCUGACAACCUGUUCUCUUCAGCACCACUGGUGCUUGAGCUUCUUCAGCGGCAGAUCUUCUACACAGGAACACUCCGCAGCAAUCGCUUGUCUGGAUGUCAGCUUGAGGAUGACAAGAGUCUUGCCAAGAGAGGCAGAGGAUCUUUCGAUGCCAGGGUGGAGAAAGAGGGAUCCAUGGCCAUUGUAAAGUGGCAUGACAACAGAUCGGUCACCUUGAUCUCCUCUCACACAGCAGUGGAACCACAGGACAAAGCUCACCGCUGGAGCAAACAAGAGAAAGCAUUCCUUGACGUCAACCGGCCACACAUCGUCAAAGAGUACAACACCUUCAUGGGGGGGUUGACCUCAUCGAUGGAUGUAUUGCCAGGUACAAAUACAACAUGA